UGAGAUCGUAAGGAAAGAGGUCACGUGACCCCCGGAGCGCGGCCCAAGAGUUCCAUUGCAGUUGAGGGAAGCGAAGCGCGUGGCGCCGCCUUGGAUGAGGGCAAAGGAGCUGCUUGCUCGCGCCGCCGCCACCACCACGCGAGCCCCAACGCCAGGCACCGGAGUCGCCGGCUUCAGUUGAGGCCUGGUGCGGGAGAGGCUGGGGCCGUGGAAAGGAUGCCAAAGAAGAAGCGGAAAACGGCAGAUAGGCCUGAUGUCCAGGGCCAGAAUCAAGAAGAUGAUUCAAGGAAACUAUCAGAUGUCAACUUGAAGAGCAGUUUUGCAGAUGCAUGUAUUGUCAUAUCUGAUAGUGAUGGAGAGCAAGAGUCAAAAGAGGAACACAACCUGCAGAAGAAGAGAACAAAGCAGCAGCUGGAUACAGUGAAGUUUGCAGCAAAAAGAAAAAUUGCACAAAUGACAGAAGAUGAGCAGUUUGCCCUGGCUCUGAAAAUGAGUGAGCAAGAAGCCAUGCAAUUGAACUCACAAGAAGAGGAAGAGGAGGAGCUUCUGAGAAAAGCUAUUGCAGAGAGCCUCAAUAGCUGCCAGCUUUCUGAGUCUUCUGCUGCAGCUGCUGUGCCUCUUCUUUCCCAGGCACCAGGGUCUCCGGCACAAAGUCAACCAGCUGGACAAGAGGCUCCUGAACUCCUUCCAGCUGUGCCUCCUUGCACCCACUCUCUUUGCUCCAGGUGCAGUUCCCUCUCACCCAAUGACCAAGAUGAUGAAAAUGGACAGAUAGAUGUCGCCAAGAGGCCCUUCGUAGUACUGACGCGGUUAAGCCAGGAGAUCGUGGAAAGCUCACUAGUCUCCAGUAUAAUUGUAUCUCCAGGGAAGAGCCAGCCUUUUGCAAGGUCAAAUGAAAACCCUUCCUCACCAGCAGAGAGCAGUUCCAGUGACACACCACUGAGUCUAGGAGAGGACACAACAGUUACCUUAAGUCCCACUUUUCCACAAAAACCUUUGGGCAUGUGGCCCCUGACAUCUCAAAGACUGUUUGCAAGAAACCUCUCAAAGCCUAAAGAUGAACAUUUCCAAAGUUGCUCAGAAAAAGCCUCCCUUGUGGAUUGCUUGGAAACCCUAGAUAAAGUGCCUCAGAAGCGUAGCAUUUUGGAUCCCUCUAGCCAUCAAGAUUCUGAGCUUGAACAUCAGUUUGAGUCCGGUAAGAAGAAGACAUGUUUUUCUAGUGAGUCUGUGCAAAAGAUUGACACAUAUGAAAGCACUCCACCAGUUAACUCACUUCAUAUGACUAAUGAGGUGAGUCAAAAAGAAGAAGAAGAAGAAAAAGACACAGUGCACUAUUACUGGGGUGUUCCCUUCUGCCCUAAAGGCAUAGAUCCUAACAAAUAUACCCAAGUCAUCCUGUGCCAGCUUGAGGUUUACCAAAAAAGCCUGAAGCAGGCUCAGCGGCAGCUCCUGCAGAAGGCAGCCUUUGGGGAGCCUGUGGUUCCUAAUUCAUGUUCCCUGAGGCGAAGUGAACAUGGGAAGGAACAGGAAGUUUUUAGCAGAAGGGAAGGUACAGAUGAGCAAGAAGAAGAUGAUAUUGAUGAGAAAAAAGAGCCAGAGAAUGUUGCGUGGCAUCUGUCUCCAACGAAUGAAGAGCUGAGCAAAAAUCCAGAGGAGAAAAUGAGGCAGGGGAGAAAUCCUGAGUGUGAAGAAGAAACAGCAAGUGGUUCUUGUCAGGCUUCCCAAGUGUUAUUUGCAGAAGAUGUGCUUGAAGAAAGAGAACCCAUGCAGAUUACACAGAGCAUUUCUGCCUUGACCCCCCUGGACAGUAAGAGAAGCCCAGAAGACAUUUCCACAGAGAAUCGUGCUGAGGAAGAGAUCACCAUUUGCCCUGAGACCCAACCGAGUCCAUCGCAAGCUAUUGAGCCCGAGAGCAGAGAAAUCCAUUCAUCCAGUAAAGAUGUCUCUCUGCAGGCAGAUGCAGAAGAAGUUGCAGAGAACAUGUCUGCCCAGAGCCCUCCAGCUGAAGACCCCACGCCCUGUCCUUUGUGUGAUCGCAGAUUCCCCAUUUCAGAAAUUGAGCUACAUGCCAUGUAUUGUAAUGGCACAGGAGAAGAUACAACUGAAGAUGCUCCAGUGAUGACCCGACGACAAAGAGAAGCCAAGAGUAAAGUUGCCUGUUCCAAAGAGACAUCAAAAUCUGUUGACACUGACAAGCACGAGAAGUGUUACAUCUGUAAGUCUCUGGUGCCUUGGAAAGCAUAUCAGAGGCAUGUUGAUGGCUGUCUUAUGAGUCAGAACAUCAGUGGGGCUCUGGAGGGCCGGACACGGUUGCGAUGGGCAAAGGAGGAGCGAAGAAGUGAAGGCAGACUUCUGAAUAUGCUGGACCAAUCAGAACACAAGGCUGUAGACUGGCGGACAGCACUUGAUGCAGAGGUGCCUGAUACACAACCCAGAGGAGAAGACUCAAGGUUAGCUAGGACCCCGUGAGCUGCUGGGUUGUUCAGCUGCAAAACAAGGCCAGAGCAAAAUGUGUGGUCACACUAGGCUGAGUGCAGGUUUCCAGCAUCAUGCUGUGAGCAAAGCCAAAGGAAAAGAAACCUCAGUAAAGAAGAGAAAAGACCACACCAAAACUGUUUUCUAGUGAAGAUGGCAUAAAAAGUCAGCCCUGUCUGAAUAGGAAGCGAAUGACUGCAGGGGCAUAGCAUUUUCCUCAGGACAAGGAUGUUAAUGACAUUAGACAAGAGACAAUAUUAGGGCAUAAUGCAGAACAUGAGGGUGUCAUCAUUUCCCAUUAACUUAGCUCUGCUUUAAAAUAAAAAAUACUAAAUCACAACAUCUCAGUAAUAAUAGAGCAACUCCCCAAUUUUUCUGCCACUGAUAAUGUUUACAGAAGAUCUUAAUAGAUAUGAUGAGAUGCAUGUUCCCUUGAAAUGUUUGAGCCCCAAACUAUUCAGAGCUUGGAGGGUGAAAACCCAGCACCUUGAACUGAUCUCUUAAUAAAUACAGAGCCAUUGUCAUUCCUUCAGCAUUAGUGUAAUGUUUUUAAAUGAACCAAUUAGAACUCUGGUUAUCUAAUUCUGCACAUCUGCAAAUUUAUAAGCUAUUUUCCAGGAGAGCCCCACAUAUACCACACUACAAUAAUACAGAAAUGGGAGCCUUGUGGACAGAUGUGGCACUUGAACUCCCAUUAUCCUUUACCAUUCACUAUGCUAAGGCUGAUGUAAGCUGCGAUCCACUAACAUCUAGAGGCCUACAGGUUUCCCACCCUUGCAGCAGUCUAAUCUGGAUGUUUACCAGAGCAUAAAACCUAUAAGAGAGAAAACCAAAAACAAUUGAAUUUAGUAAGUCUAUGAACUAUAGGACCAUGAUGCAACACAAAGACAUUGUUGAAGGUAGUUGCCUGGUUUCAAAUAUAUACAUACAUUUUUCUUUUUCAUUUCCCCUUCUAUUGGACAUAGCAUGACAGAGACAGACAAGGGGGUUGAGUGCAGUUGGAGCAUCUGAACCUCUUUCCCUCAAGCAGCUUGUAGUGACUCUCCAAUUAGAACUUUCACCUCCAUUUCUGAAGCCAAAGACUGCCUAGUGGACUUUAAAAAGCAGCUGGCCAUUAGUUCAGGCAGUCAGAAACAAACCAAAGCCAACCUCAAGAGCAAGAAGAAAUUCUGAGGCUUGUGUAAUGGAUAAGGGACCUGAAAAUGAAACAGGAAGCAAAACCUCUUAUUUUCCGAUCUUGCCUGACAAGAGCAUGACUCCCCACCUAAUUUCAGACUUUCCUCUGUACAUUUUGUAUGAACUUUACAGAGAUUUGUCAUGUAUUGAAUAGAUUAUGUCCUUUAUAGAGGCCUAUGAAGCCAUAAUAAAUAUAUUUAUUAUGUUUUUAUAUUCUGAUGUUUGAGCUUUUUUUAAAAUAGUUAUGAUUGUAGAUUUAAACCAGUGCUUUACAAACCUUAAGUCCACAAAGGAGGCAGCUUUUUCCUUCAUAAAGUGAAAAUGUAAGACAAAGUCCAGCCAAAGCUGAGUAUUUUCAAGUCCUGCAGUAUAAAUGGGAAAGAUGGAAGCACAUGCUCAAUCCUACUAUUGAAAUCACUGGAACUUAAAACAUGUAUAAGUUUGGAAUGAUUUUAUAUUGCUUUGUUUUGCACUAAUUUCAAAAUGGUAAAGGUAAAAGUUUUCCCUUGGUAUGAAUGUCUAGUCGUAACUGACUGUAGGAGGCGGUGCUCCUCUCCAUUACUAAGCCGAAGAGACAGUGUUGUCCAAAGACGACUGGUUGUUAUGUAGCCAUCAUGACUGCAUGGAACGUUGUUACCUUCCCACCAAAGUGGUACCCAUUUAUCUACUUGUAUUUGCAUGCUUUCGAAUUGCUAGGUUGGCAGAAGCUGGGAUAUGAGCUUACCCCAUCAAGCAGCACUUAGGCGUUGAACUGCCAACCAUCUGACCUCAUGAUCAUCAGAACUGGUGUCUUAACCACUAAGCCAUUAAUUUCAUACUGCUUAUGAAAUGUACAGAAAGACAGGAUCGGCCAGUAUUACUUUGGCUUUUGUAUUACAUGGACAUAUGACAUUGUGCCUCUGCCUAGAAAAGUUGUAAUAUAAGUGGGCAAAAAGUGUGUUAGGUUGUUCUGUUAGAUCAAAUAUGGCCACUUUUUAAUACCUCCCAGGUUGGAUUGUCUCAGGACAAAGUGCCUGGAAGCCUGAUUUUCCCAGCCAUGAUGUCUAUGCACUUCCAGUCUAGCAUGGCAAGGGAUGAUGGGGCCCCUGAAAGACCAGAGCAGCAUUCAGGGAGAGCCUAUAGGCUGUCUGUUGCCAGCUCUGAAUUAGGUAAUGUUAGAAUCCUGAAGUAUUCUACCAGAUGUAUUCAAGCUGUGGAUGCUGGGGGAUGGGUUGCGCUUAGCAUAGCUUGUAGAGAUGGUGAUAUGUAGUGCUAGGCUGGACCAGGUGUGAGUUAUCUAGUGUCCUUGAGAGGCUGGCUUGCAGAGACUUGGAAUGUAGUUUCGUUUCUGUGGGAAGUG